AACAGGAUGAUGCUUGAUGUCAGGAGAAACACUUUGCUCCUGGGUCUCCUCCAGCUGCUGCUGCUCCACGCGCGCGACAGUCUGUCAUCUAAAGGAGAGGAAAGGCUGUUCCGCCGUCUCUUCCGUAAGUAUAAUCAGUUUAUCCGACCGGUGGAGAACGUGUCAGACCCAGUGACGGUGGAGUUUGAGGUUUCCAUCUCUCAGCUUGUUAAAGUGGAUGAAGUCAAUCAGAUCAUGGAGACCAACCUGUGGCUAAGACAUAUCUGGAAUGACUACAAACUGAAAUGGACUCCAGCAGAAUUCGACGGCAUCGAGUACAUCAGGGUUCCAUCCAAUAAGAUCUGGAGGCCUGACAUUGUGCUCUACAACAAUGCUGUAGGUGACUUCUUGGUGGAAGACAAGACCAAAGCUCUGCUGAAGUAUGAUGGCACCAUCACCUGGGUUCCUCCGGCUAUCUUCAAGUCCUCCUGCCCAAUGGACAUCACCUACUUUCCUUUCGACUACCAGAACUGCUCGAUGAAGUUCGGUUCAUGGACAUACGACAAAGCCAAGAUCGACCUGGUGCUGAUUGGCUCCAGGGUCAACGUCAAGGACUUCUGGGAGAGCGGAGAGUGGGAGAUCAUCGACGCUCCAGGCUACAAGCAUGACAUCAAGUACAACUGCUGUGAGGAGAUCUACACAGACAUUACGUACAGCUUCUACAUCCGUCGCCUGCCUCUGUUCUACACCAUCAACCUCAUCAUCCCAUGCCUCCUGAUUUCUUUCCUGACCGUCCUCGUCUUUUAUCUUCCAUCAGAUUGUGGCGAGAAGGUGACUCUCUGCAUUUCUGUUCUCCUUUCCCUCACCGUCUUCCUCCUGGUCAUUACCGAGACCAUCCCCUCCACUUCUCUUGUCAUCCCCCUGAUCGGGGAGUACCUGCUCUUCACCAUGAUCUUCGUCACGCUCUCCAUCGUCAUUACCGUCUUCGUGCUCAAUGUGCACUACCGCACACCAACCACGCAUGCCAUGCCGCCCUGGGUACGAGCCGUCUUCCUGCACGCGCUGCCCAGAGUUAUGCUAAUGAGACGUCCCAUGGACCAGUCGGAAUCCUCUGGAAAAGGCAGUUUGCCCGAGGCAUCAUCUGGGGAAAAAGAAGGUAAGAAAAGAAAGAACAGUUGCAGCAACUGUUUGGAGUUUGGUGAGGGGAAAGCGAGGGAGCCGGAGGUGAAAAAAGGGCCGUGUCCAUGCCAUCCGAUGAAAGAGACUCCCGAAGGGGAUUGUGGGAAACAGAGUCGGCAGCUGAGUGGCGUUAACACGGUGGUGGCGUUUUCAGUGGUUUCGCCUGAAAUCAAGCAGGCCAUCGAGAGCGUCAAGUACAUCGCUGAGAACAUGAGGAGUCGCAACAAGGCUAAAGAGGUGGAAGACGAUUGGAAGUACGUUGCCAUGGUAAUUGACCGAAUCUUCCUGUGGGUGUUCGUGCUGGUGUGUGUGCUCGGAACAAUGGGACUCUUCUUCCAGCCCCUCAUCAGUUUCCUUGCGUGACAGCUGACAGUGAUCGCACGUUCCCGACCAGUCCGAGACACACCAGUUGCUCGAAUCUCACCAAUCACAAGAAACACUGAUACACAAGAUUCCAAAUACAAUCAGUGAGAAGAAACAGAGAGUCUCACAUUCUCACUUACUUUAUGCAAAAUAAAGGUAUGACCACCUGACUAAUACUGACUAAUAUCGAGUAGGUUCCCACCUUUUGCUACCAUAACAUUAAUGCACUGUGUGUUCUCACACCUUUCUAUCACAACUUUUCCUCAAUUUGAUCUACAGUAGGUCUUCUAAUGGGUUGAACUACACGGGCCAGCUUUUACUCCCCAUGUGCAUCUGUAAGUUUUGGCCACCCAUAAACCUGUCGCCAGU